AUGUCGGCGGCCGUGGUCGCACAGAAAGUAGCUGAAUUACGUGAUGAUGCGCAGAAUAUAGCACAAGAGCAGAGAAAUGAGACUGUGCGAGAAAUCUUUGAACGCCUGGACGACAACGGCAGUGGUUCGUUGGACCGAUCUGAAGUCCGAAGUUUGUUGCAGCAGCUCAACAAGGGCCAGCAGCCGACAGAGGAGGAGCUCACAUUUGUCAUGAAAAUGGCAGGAGGCGACGGGUCGGUACAGCCGGGCAAAGCCAGAGCAGACACCAGAAGUCUCGAGAUCGGCCGAGACAAUCUCAUGUCUGCUGUGACCUGCUGGCGAAUAUACCAAUCCUCGUUUGCGGAUGACAAGAGCAUGGGCGUCAUCCUGUUUAAGAAAUUUGACCCCGAGGGCACUGGAAAGCUUGACCGGAAGCAGCUCAAGGCACUUCUCGAAGAGCUCAGUGCAGAGAGUGCCGAGGAGGAGGUGACAGAGGAGGACUUGGAUUUCGUGCUCGAUCGUGCAGACAUUCUGCGAGACGGCACGAUAUCGAAGAUGGAGUUGAAUCAAGCAAUAGCUGCUUGGUAUCAACGACAAAAUCUUAAAAUGAGCGAGCGCGCCACUACUUCGCAACGGAGCUCGGUGUGCGCGAUCCUCUGA